AUGGGAAUGAUGGGUCCAGAGAGUAGGAGUCAUUCAGGAUUCAAGCAGGGCCCCCGGGGGCGGGAGAGCCGGAGCCAAGCGGAGAAGUGCAAGAAGCAGGAGAAGGAGAGCAAGACGCAACCCGAGGAGAAGGUCGACGGGAUUGAUGACGGGAAGAAUGAAACGAAGGGAGGCGCUAGAGCGGGAGAGGGAAGCGCGGGAGGAGAGGAGGCGGCGAGAAAGCAGAAGGCGUGGAACAAGGAGGACAUGAAGUUCGCGCGUGAAGAGGCAGCCGUGAGGCGGAACAUUGCUCGGAGCAAGCGACAAGCGGCCAAGGAGAGGCGCAACCGUUUGCUGGACGAGUGA